AACGUCAGCCUUUGAAGAAAACACAAAAAGAACAUUUCACUUUAAUUUUCAAUUCUUCAGCCUUUGUUCAAAGUGCAAACUGCAUUUUUACACUAAUAAUAGUAAAUUAUUUAAUUAUUAUUAUAUUUUUUGUAUAUUUUAUAAAUAAAAACCAAACCGUAUUUACAAAAAAAAUCAUGUCUGUCGAGUGUUUUAACAUCGAACGUGCAUUAGAAAAAUUCAAUGCCAGUCUCAAAGACGAAGAUGAUGUUCUUUUGGAUGAAUAUCUUCAAGGCUUUGAAGAAAUCAAUAGUUUCUUCCAUUUGAUGGGAACAGUAUUUGGCUUUGUGAGCAGCGAUGUUCGUGCGAAAAUUGAUAUUUUAGCUGAUUUUCGAAAAAAAGAAAACUCGGAUAGUUUUACAUCGUUCAAGCAAAUGAUUGAAUAUGAAAAAUCCACUGGACUUUUGAAUGACUCGAACUACGUGUCGGGCAGUCGGACUUUGUUACGUCUUCAUAGAGGUUUAGAAUUCGUGCACGAGUUUCUACUUCGAGUGGGUGACUUGGGAGAGUGUGAUAAAACGUCGGCGUGCUGUAAGAGUGCUUACAAUGACACGCUGGCUCAGCAUCACCCUUGGCUGAUAAGACGCGGUGCACUUGUUGCAAUGUAUGCAAUGCCAACCAAAGGGGAACUUCUCAAACGAGUUGGCUUGAGCCAAAGUCGUGCCACUGAAAUGCUACCCGAUAUGUUAAAGGCCACAAAAAUUGUACACAAUCGAACAGAGAACCUUUACACUUUGUUUGAAUUGCAUCAACUGCCUUAAAAAUGAUGAUAAUUGUGUUACAAAAACAAAGACCUAUCUAUCGCGCUUUUUAUAGUCACAUUCCGUAUUAUUUGAUCAAGCUAGUUACAUAUUUACAACAACUACAACCACACAAAAAGACGGUUUUAAUUCUUCUAAUGAUAAAGAUGCUAUUUUUAUAUAUAUGUAUAAAGUUUUAUGUUAGUUUAAUGAUUUAGAAAAGUACACAGUGUACUCGUGGUUUCAUUUGUUUGUCUUUUGUUUUGUGUUUAUUUGUUUAUAAUUUUUGCUGUUCCUAUAGUUCAAUUCUUUAUACUAUAAUCGUGUCUGUACAUGUACAAUCUUGUCGCUUUAUUGUAUCAAAAGUAAAAGAAGAAAAGUAUCAAUUGCUGCUAUUUAAAUAAAACAAAAAUGAUCUAUUAAAAAAAGAA